AUGCCAACGGCAUAUUCUCAGAAACGGGCAGUGAAGCCAUCCGAAUCAUCAGUUACCUCGGCGGAGGCUCCCAGCCGAAGGACUUCUACUGAUGAAGAGAUUGCAAAUACCAAGUAUGAACACAGUGAGGUAGCCGCUGCUGAGUUACCAGCUCUAGCAGCAAAGGACGAACUUCGCAAUCUUGGGUACCUGGACGGUGAUCAAAACCUGCUGUUUGGGAAUGCUGCGGCUACAUCAUCGUUGUGUUCAUCAAGCAAUGCCUCGGACGCCACCUCUCCCGAGAUGAAGAAUGUCUUGCGGCUUUUGCCCCCGAAACCUUAUACAGAUUUACUGAUCCAGCGCUACCUGGGAGUGAUCAACUUCAACUAUUACUGUCUAUACCCACCGGCUUUCUCUCAAGACUAUGCUUCCUGGUGGUCGGAUCGGGCAAACGGCAAGUCCCUCACACCGGCAUUCACCUGCCUUCUCAUCCGAGUUUGCGCCUGCACUUUACAAUAUCUUGAUGCCCAAAUCCAACAGAAAAUUGAAUCGGAAUUGGGCGAACCGGUUCAAAGCCUUUCUGAAAAUUAUCAUCAUGCUGCCAAACAACUAAGCAACACCAUUGCGCCGGGUAAGGGCAGCCUGGCGCAAAUUCAACAGCUCUUUUUGACAGCUGUUUGGUUUAAGUCAGAGUCACUAUUUGUCGAGUCUUGGCAUACUCUCAGCUCCUGUAUCCACGAGGCUCAAGAACAAGGCUUGCACAAGAAUUCCCCGAGAACCGGGCUAUCCGAGUUUGACAUUGAGAUGAGACGGCGACUCUGGUGUCUUUUAUACGUAUGGGACUGGCAAAUGUCCCUAUUACUUUCCCGCCCACCUAUCAUCAAUUCGAGCUAUAGUUCAUUUGAGCUACCGAAUAUGCAGCUUGAAAGUCAGGCAACAGAAAACGGACCACCCUCUCCUGUCACGCAUAUUGCCGUCCAGGUUGAGCUUGGGCGUAUUAUGUCAAAGGAACCAGCGACAAUAGGCUGCACAUUCAAUAAUACCCAGGCCGAAUCCUUCAGAUCAGAUAUAGAUGAAUGGUUUGCUUCUUUACACCCCGCCUACCAAGAAACGAAUCCCGACACCCAGUGGGACAGCAAGCAUUUAUACGUACCCCUCCAGCGCCGUCAAUUACACGCCAUAGGCUACAUGAUGAUGCUAUUGCCAUUCAAAUCAUACCUCACUCGAACCUUCAACUCAGAAAGCACCGAAGUCGACCGAGGUCGUCGAGUAACAGCAAUCGACAUUGCCCUCCACCUAAUGGAAGUCUCGCGGCUCCUAUUCGAUCACAUCUUCCCCCUCAAUGCCAAAUUCCACCUGAUCACAUUCUUGAUAUUCGACACAGCAGCCUUCUUGUGCUCCGCAAUGAUACACGAUAAAGAUCGAACCCUGCCGCGAUGUGACAACGUCAUCCAAGCCAUUGGACUCGCAUGCACAUUGAUGGAGAAACUUGCUCCUAUCACCAAAACAGCAGCCAUCUGCUAUCCUGUGCUCUCGAGACUAGCCAAAAGUCUAUCAAAAGCAGCCAACAGGGCUGUAUCAUUGACAAGAGUGGAGGGCGAUAUCUCCAAGAUGGGAGUCGGAGAAUUUGGAUGUUCGCCAGGGCUCGAUGCUCUUUCUUUUGGAGACCCCUUCUCAUCGUAUUCUCUUGACCCGAUGGCUACUGAAUUGUUCUUACCUGCUUCGUUGGGUAUAACUGUGCCUGGGAUGGAAACUCCACCUGUUAUGGGAGUGGGCGAUUUUACAAAUCUGGACGUUGGACAGUUUGAUCAGAUCUGGGAUUGGCAGAAUUUAGAUUUGACUUUGUUACCUACUCUUCCUACAUGA